AUGGACACCCUGAUCUCUCCGCCACCGGCUCUAUCAACCAUUAUCACCAAAGUCGCAGCGAUAACAGCAUCCGCCUUCCUCGCCGGCUCUACAGCGACCUACUCCUUCCUUUGGGUCCCCUCUAUUAGAAAUGCACCGGAACACAUUAUCGCCUCCCAAUGGCGCAUCGGCUACCGCAUCGGCUUCUACGCAACAGUACCCCAAUGCGCCCUCUGCGCCCUUCUAUGGGCCUACCUCGCAUUUACCGCUCCCGCUGGCUCCCGCGCGCGAAUGCUCUAUACAACUGCGGCUAUAAUUGUGCCGUCUAUCUUGCCUUACACACUUACCGUACAGCGAGCGGUGAACGGCGCAUUAGAUAGAAGAGCCGAGAGGCUGGCGGGACCGGGCACGGGAUCGAUAGCUGAGACGUACAGUCGAGACGAGAAAAGGAGUAAGGAGUUCGGCGAGGGAGAAAGUACGACGGCGUUGGUAGAGAGCUGGGGGAGGUACAACAUGGUGAGGGCCAUGAUUGUGGUGCUCGGUACGGCCUGUGGGGCCUGGGCCGCUGUCAGCUCUUGA